AUGAGGAGUCGCGCCCUUCAAACUGCCUCGCGCCGGGCUGCUCUACCCAGGCCGUCAACAUCCCCACCUAUCCGCCUAGCCAGCAACCUCUCGCAACGGCCGCAUUCCGACAAUGUCUCCUUCCCAGGCGCGCUCAAGUCGGCCUUCUCGAACAAGCUAGCCUUUCAACACCCUCAAGAAUGGACCGCUCUACCGACAUAUCGAGUCGUCGAUCAGCAUGGUGCGGUCGUCGAUCCUACGUGGACACCUGAUAUUCCCGAAGAGAAGAUUGUCAAGCUGUACACUGACAUGCUGUACAUUUCGAUACUGGACAUUAUCAUGUUUGACGCACAAAGGCAGGGGCGCGUCAGUUUCUACAUGGUCAGCGCGGGUGAGGAGGCGGCGUCUGUGGGCACGUCAAGCGUGCUGGAGAUGGAGGAUACGCUGUUUUGCCAGUAUCGCGAGCAAGGCGUUUUCAGGGAAAGGGGGUUCACAACAAAGCAGUUUAUGAGCCAAUUAUUCGCCAACAAGAAUGAUCCUGGAAAGGGGCGACAAAUGCCAGUGCACUACGGCAGCACUGAGCUGAACAUUCACACAAUCUCGUCGACGUUAGGAACACAGCUACCGCACGCUGCUGGCCACGCCUACGCGCAGAAGAUGCGCAAGCUGCAGAACCCCGAGUCCAAGAGUGCCGUGACAGCAGCCUUCUUCGGCGAGGGUGCUGCCAGUACGGGCGACUUCCACGCCGCACUGAACAUUGCCGCCACGCGAUCGUGCCCCAUCAUCUUUAUCUGCCGCAACAACGGUUUCGCCAUCUCCACCCCUACGCUAGACCAAUAUCGAGGCGACGGUAUCGCCAGCCGAGGAAUCGGUUAUGGCAUCGACACCAUCCGCGUCGACGGCAAUGAUAUCUGGGCCGCGCGAGAGGCCGUCAAGCGCGCACGUGAGCUGGCUCUUGAAGACGGCGGCAAGCCGGUUCUCAUCGAGGCCAUGACAUACCGUGUCUCUCACCACAGUACAUCCGACGACUCCUUUGCCUAUCGCGCGCGUGUGGAGGUGGAGGACUGGAAGCGACGUGACAACCCUCUGACUCGUCUUCGCAAGUGGAUGGAGGCCAAUGGCAUGUGGGAUGAUGUCAAAGAGAAGGAUGCGCGCGAUGUCAUGAGGAAGGAAAUCCUGAAGGGGAUCAGCGAGUCGGAGAAGGAGAAGAGGCCGCCACUAAAGGCCAUGUUCGACGACACGUACGAGGAGUUGACACCAGAUCUCAAGGAGCAGAUGAGGAAGUUGAGGGAGAUUAUUGAGAAGUACCCCGACGAGUACGACGUGAGUGAGUAUGAAGGAGGCCUGGAAAGCCUCAAGGAGAAGAAGUAG